AUGACAGAAAUUGAACGGAAUAUUGUCCAGCAGGAGGAAAUUGAGCAAGCCUCUCUUCAACAAGCUUCAGAGAAAUCGCAACUUGUAGAACAAGAACUGCCAAAACUCCGACCAGCCCAAGAAAGUCCGGAAUCAGCUUCGACACCGUCCCAUUCUCUUGAAGAAGCACUUUCUUCGACUAAUUCUGCACCUGCACAGCAUCAAGUCAAUGGCAAUGCCACUAAUGAAUCACUAUACGAUCACCCAACUACAUCUGCCGUCUCAACCGAGUUGAAGGGGAAAGGAAAGGCUGUUGAUUUAGAUAAUACGGUCACGAAUGCGUCAGAUACCACAGCUACUUCUCCGUCAACCACACCGGCUAAGGUGUCAAAAGAGUCGACAAAAGACUCUGUAGCCACCGAAUAUCAGCUCAAAGCCCUCGAGUGGUUUGACAUUCGUGCACAUAAACUCAGAAAGGUGAAAAUUAUCACGCAGAACGAAAACGGACCAUGUCCACUGUUGGCGCUCUGUAAUGUCCUUAUACUACGUAAUGACAUAGAGAUACGGCCAUAUGAUCGACCUACCGUGUCUUACGAGUAUUUGGUAGAAUUACUGGGCGAUUAUCUCCUGAACGUGAUACCUCAGAACGAGGCCGAGAUACAAGCAGAAACAUUUGCAGCAUUAGAAUCAAAUCCAAAGAGUGGAGAAACAAUCGGUGCAAAUAAUGUAGACUCACUAUUAAGACCAUCUCUGCACGACUAUCAGCACACGCUUCAUACUGCACUCUCAAUAAUCCCCUCCUUGCAAACUGGCUUGGAUGUCAAUGUUCGUUUCAACUCAAUCCAUGGUUUCGAGCCAACUGCAGAAUUAUCCGUGUUUGAUAUUUUCAACGUAGGUUUAGUUCAUGGAUGGGUCGUUGACCCGCAGGAAACGGAUUUUUGGGAUGUUCUAGUUGGAAAGUGUGGAAGUUAUAAUCGAGCAGUAGAAUGCGUGGUUCGCGGAGAUCACUUGGGAAAAGGUGUGGUGGUUGAAAACGUUGACAGAUCAAGCGGGUCAGACUAUAGGAAAUUUACUUCCGGUGACACAUUGGAUGCUAAAGAUAAAGAGACAGUCAGAGAUGCCUUUGUAGUUUCUCAAUUCCUUGAUAGAACUGCUACCCAGCUCACCUAUCAUGGUCUGCUAACAUUAUCAGAAACCUUAAAACCCGGACAUUUAUAUGCACUCUUCCGGAAUAAUCAUUUUUCCACAAUUUAUAAACAUCCGCAAACUUUGACACUCUACACACUCGUGACAGACGCUAGUUUUGCCCACGAGAGAUCGAUUGUUUGGGAGUCGCUCAGAGAUGUCGACCAGGGUGCCUCAGAGUUUGUUAAUUGGCAGUUUGAAGUAGCUGAAAUUAGUGGCGGAGAUUAUGUUGAUGUGAACAAUGAGACUAGCGAGAAUAUUGGCGGUGGCGAUCAAGAUUAUGCUCUAGCUUUAAGCCUUCAAGAAGAAGAAGCUCAAGAAGCUGAAUUCCACAGACAACAGUUGAUUCAUAAAAAACGUCAGCGAGAACAAGAGGCCCUGAGGCAGCAACAACUACAAGCACAAAUACAAAGUCAAUCCAGGAAAGACCAACAGAAAAGCAGUACAGACAGUGGUUCUCAAGUAUCAACGGGCAGUUCAUUCACCACUGCGUCAUCAGCUGAAAAGGAAAAGAGGAAGAAUAGGAGAGACUGUAUAAUCUCUUAA